AUGGCACCGCCGCAACAGUACGAUAGCGAGUCCUCCGGCGAGGGCGAAGACUACACCGAGACAAAUGUUCUACUGGGUUAUGCCUCGAAGGAUGCUGGCGACGAUAACAUCAGCAGGCUAGGAGGCCGGCCGGACUGGCUCGACACCGAUAAGUCACCUUCGGCGGCACUUGCACGAUGCAAGAUCUGCAAGGACCUCAUGGUCCUCCUCCUCCAGCUCAAUGCCGAGCUCCCGACACAGUUUCCCGGCCACGAAAGACGACUCUACGUGUUCUCAUGCAAGCGCAAGAGCUGCCGCCGCAGAGAAGGGAGCACGAGUGUCGUGCGGGGAUUGCGGAUCGAGCCUGGCGCAAAGGCCGUUUCGCUAGACAAGAAGGAGGAAAACAAGAGCAAAGCGGUCGAGGAAAAGACGAAUGCGCAAAAGCCCCAGAGCAACCUGGGCGAGACCCUGUUCGGAUCCAAGGGACUAGGCACAUCUUCUGGCAAUGCAAACCCCUUCGCCACGGGCCUUUCGUCCGGCGGUGGCAGCAGCAACCCUUUUGCAAGCAACCCUUUCAGCAGCACUCCCAAGCCCGCACCUGAGCCUGCAGCACCAAAGAAGACCGACGAGACCACACACGACGCCGCCAAGCCAUCGGCAGACGAAGAAGCCAAGUCUCUUCCAAAGACCUUUGCACAGACCCUCUCUCUCAACAACCCCCAAGACCCAUCCUCGAAUCCUCCUCCAGCGCCAGAGCCGUGGCCCACAGAAGCAGAACAGCCCGCGCCAUACCCCGUGUCAUACCUGAGCGAGGCCGAGUACGAGACCCUGGACCCCACGCCACAGACGAUACCGCAGGCCACGAGGAUGGAAGUGGACGAUCCGGCCUCAGCGGGAGGGUCCGGCAAGGAGGACAAGGAGGUGUUCGAGUCGACAAUGGAUUUCGACUUCCAGAAGUUCGCCGACAGGCUGGCGCAGAACCCGGAGCAGUCGAUCCGGUACGAGUUUGCGGGCCAGCCGCUGCUGUACAGUAAGACCGACGCUGUGGGCAAGGCCCUCUCCGGUAGCGGCAUGCCGAGGUGCGGCAACUGCGGCGCGCGCAGGGUGUUCGAGGUCCAGCUGUGCCCGCACGCCAUCACGGAACUCGAGAGCGAGGAGAUGUCCCUCGAUGGCAUGGACUGGGGCACCAUUGUUGUGGGCGUCUGUGAGCGGGACUGCCAGGCCCGUGGUGUGCAGGAGGGCGAGGCGGGAUACCUGCAGGAGUGGGCUGGCGUGCAGUGGGAAGAGCUGACGGCACAGAGACGCUAG